CCGCUGAGAGUGGCACAGAGCAAACAACGGCUUUUGUGCGCAUGAUGCACCGUGUUGGACGCACCUGCGAGGAGCGAUAAAGGCAGCCCGGAGACGGCGCUGCUUCGAACUGGAUUCUGGAUAUUUUUGUAAAAGCAAAACAAAGGGGGCAAAGUGGGUCCGUGUACACUGGCAGCUGGAUAUUAGCAGGUGGAUACUUUUGGUCUGCUGAUCUGAGUGAUGAAACCGUGGAUCAUCUCAUACCUCCACUUCACAUCUAAAAAUAUGGAGGAAAUUCCACUUUCCCUGAGAACCAGAGAAGAAUAUUGGAUCAGACCUUACACCAGAAAUAAUGCUCUGAAGAUUAAAAAAGCAUAAAAAUCAGAAAAGGAUUCCUCUGCAUGAUCACUGCCUUGCAGCGUCUGGACAAUUUCUUACUCUUAAGACUGUUAACGCCAACGACUGUUAUCCUUUUAUCUCCUUGUUCCCUUUAAAAGCAUAUUUUUUAUAAGAAAUAUCUAUAUGAAUAUAUCGCAACACAUAUUGUGGAUAAAAGUGGAUUCCAGAAAUUCAGCUAGAAGAUUUCCAUCCCAUUGAAUCCCUGUUGGACAUUUUCUUGGAUUAACUCUUUGCAGCUAUGGAUCUUGUAGGCUUUUCUAUCAGACUCCAGUUAUUCCUCAGCUCUUGUUUGGGAUUGGAAUUUUUGGGUACUCCAGGCCAGUGGGCACGCUACCUCCGCUGGGACGCCAGCACCCGCGGUGACCUCAGCUUUCAGUUCAAGACAGAGGCCUCAGAGUCACUGCUGCUGUACUUCGAUGAUGGAGGAUACUGUGACUUUCUGCAGCUGGGGGUGGUGGAGGGUCGACUGCAGCUGCGCUUCAGCAUUGACUGCGCUGAGACCACGGUUGUUUCCGACAGGCGGGUGGACGACGGCAGCUGGCACGCCGCCACGCUGAGCAGGUAUAACCUGCGCACAGUACUGGUGCUGGACGGCCAGGUCAAAGCCGAUGAGGUAAAACCUCAGCGUCAAUUCAUGAAAAUAGUCAGCGACCUGUUCCUGGGUGGAGUACCUCAGGAUAUCCGCAACGGUGCACUUACACUGCCUACGGUGCGAACCAUGCAACCCUUCAGGGGAACAAUUACAGACCUCAAGUUUGGCAGCUCACAGCCUCUGUUCCUGGGAAGCCUUAAGGUGCCCCUGGAGUCAGAAGGUUGGUGCACUGUCAACCCAUGUGAGAACGGUGGAACGUGCAUGGUGAUAGACGGAGAACCGGUCUGUGACUGCUCCCAGACGAAAUACAAGGGCCGCUUCUGUAAUGAAGGGGUCAGGAAGACCAUACCAGGCCUCGCACACAUGAUGGCAGAACAAGCUAAAAGCAAAGCAAGGGAAGAAAACGUUGCCACCUUCCGUGGUUCGGAGUACUUCUGUUAUGACCUCUCCCAGAACCCAAUCCAGAGCAGCAGCGACGAGAUCACGCUGUCCUUCAAGACGUGGCAGCGUAACGGCCUCAUCCUGCAUACGGGGAAGUCAGCUGACUACGUCAACCUGGCUCUAAAGGACGGUGCGGUCUCCCUAGUCAUCAACUUGGGUUCUGGAGCGUUUGAAGCCAUCGUUGAACCGGUCAACGGGAAAUUCAAUGACAACUCAUGGCAUGAUGUGAAAGUGACCCGGAACUUGCGACAGACUACAGGUACUGGACCCGACUUGGUAAACAAACUCCACUGUAUGGUGACGAUAUCUGUGGAUGGGAUUUUGACCACCACGGGUUAUACCCAGGAGGACUACACCAUGCUGGGCUCAGAUGACUUCUUCUAUGUGGGUGGGAGCCCCAGCACAGCCGACCUGCCGGGAUCUCCAGUUAGCAACAACUUCAUGGGCUGUCUCAAGGAGGUGGUGUACAAGAACAAUGACAUCCGUCUGGAGUUGUCCCGGAUGGCUCGGAUUCUGGAUCCAAAGAUGAAAAUCCAAGGUGAAGUGUCCUACAAAUGUGAGAAUGUGGCCACGUUGGACCCAAUCUCCUUUGAGACUCCUGAGGCGUACAUCAGCCUCCCCAAAUGGAAUACCAAGAGAAUGGGAUCAAUCUCUUUCGACUUCCGCACAACCGAGCCCAAUGGACUCAUCCUCUUCACUCACGGAAAGCGUCAGGAGCGCAAAGAUGCUGCCCGCAGCCAGAAAAACACCAAGGUGGAUUUUUUUGCUGUGGAGCUCCUAGAUGGGAGCCUGUACCUACUAUUGGAUAUGGGCUCAGGGACAAUAAAGGUGAAAGCCACCCAGACAAAAGUGAAUGAUGGGGCAUGGUACCAUGUGGACAUUCAGAGAGAUGGACGCUCUGGCACCAUCUCUGUAAACAGCAGACGGACACCAUUUACAGCUAGUGGUGAGAGUGAAAUUCUGGACCUGGAGGGAGACAUGUAUCUGGGAGGCCUUCCAGUUGACCGCUCCAACCUCAUUCUGCCCACCGAGCUCUGGACGGCAAUGCUCAACUACGGCUACGUUGGGUGCAUCCGUGACCUUUUCAUUGACGGUCGCAGCAAGGACAUCCGUCAGAUAGCAGAGGCACAAAAUGGUGCCGGUAUCAAACCCUCGUGCAACAAGCAGCAAGGAAAACAGUGCGAGAGCUAUCCAUGCAAAAACCGGGGCGUCUGCAAAGAGGGUUGGAACCGAUUCAUCUGUGACUGCACUGGCACCGGUUACUGGUCACGUACCUGUGAGAGAGAGGCCUCCAUUCUCUCCUAUGAUGGAAGCAUGUACAUGAAGGUGGUGAUGCCAACUGUCAUGCACACCGAGGCUGAAGAUGUCUCCCUGCGGUUCCGUUCGCAGCGGGCCUACGGCCUCCUCAUGGCCACCACCUCCCAGGACUCGGCCGACACACUGCGGCUCGAGUUGGAUGGGAGCCGCGUCAAACUCACAGUCAACCUAGACUGUAUCAGGAUAAACUGUAACUCCAGCAAGGGACCGGAGACCCUGUAUGCCGGGCAAAAGCUCAAUGAUAAUGAAUGGCAUACAGUGCGCGUGGUGCGUCGGGGCAAAACCUACAAGCUAACGGUUGACGAUGAUGUAGCAGAAGGACAAAUGGUGGGCGAUCACACUCGGCUGGAGUUCCACAACAUCGAAACGGGAAUCAUGACAGAACGGCGGUUCGUUUCCAUCAUCCCAUCCAGCUUCAUCGGUCACCUCCAGAGCCUGAGGUUUAACGGCAUGCUCUAUAUUGACUUGUGCAAGAAUGGCGACAUUGAUUACUGUGAGCUCAAUGCUCGCUUCGGGGUUCGCUCCAUUAUUGCUGACCCGGUUACUUUCAAGACAAAAAGCAGCUACCUGAGUCUGGCUACUCUGCAGGCCUACACAUCCAUGCACCUCUUCUUCCAGUUCAAGACCACUUCCCCUGAUGGCUUCAUCCUCUUCAACUCUGGGGAUGGAAAUGACUUUAUUGCUGUAGAAUUGGUCAAAGGAUACAUCCACUACGUUUUUGAUCUUGGAAAUGGACCCAACCUUAUCAAAGGCAAAAGUGAAAGGUCGCUAAAUGACAAUCAGUGGCACAAUGUGGCUAUCACCAGAGACAAUAGCAAUACCCACACACUAAAAGUAGAUGCCAUAGCCACAAGUCAGACUAUCAAUGGGGCAAAGAACCUUGACCUGAAAGGUGAUCUGUUCAUCGCAGGACUGGGUCCAGGCAUGUAUGGAAACCUCCCCAAAUUGGUGGCUUCCAGAGAAGGCUUUCAGGGUUGCUUGGCUUCCAUGGACCUCAACGGUCGCCUGCCAGACCUCCUAAACGAUGCCUUGUUCCGCAGCGGCCAGAUCGAGCGUGGAUGUGAAGGUCCCAGCACAACUUGUCAGGAGGACUCCUGUGCCAACAUGGGGAUCUGCAUCCAACAGUGGGAGAACUACACCUGUGACUGCUCCAUGACCUCCUACACUGGGACGCAGUGCAGUGACCCUGGAACCAUGUACAUCUUUGGCAAAGGCGGAGGGCUCAUUACAUUCAACUGGCCAGCUAAUGAGAGACCGAGCACCAGAACCGACAGGCUGACCGUUGGCUUCAGUACAUCCCUGAAAGAUGGCAUAUUGGUCAGAAUUGAUAGCGCGCCUGGUCUGGGCGACUAUCUUAUGCUGCAUAUAGAACAAGGGAAGAUUGGAGUUACCUUCAACAUUGGAACUGAGGACAUCACUGUUCAAGAAAGCAGCACCCCAGUGAAUGAUUUGAAGUAUCAUGUGGUUCGUUUUACCAGAAAUGGUGGGAAUGCUACGCUGCAGGUGGAUAACUGGUCAAUCAAUGAACACUUUCCUACAGGGAACAGCGACAUUGAACGCUAUCAAACGGCCAAUAAGAAAAUUCCUUUCAAAUAUGUCAGACCGGUAGAAGAAUGGCUACAAGAGAAAGGACGACAGCUUACAAUUUUCAAUACUCAAGCAACAAUCACAGUAGGAGGCAGCGACAGAGGCCGACCUUUUCAGGGUCAGCUGGCGGGUCUAUAUUAUAACGGCCUGAAAGUAUUGAAAAUGGCAGCUGAAGCCAAUAUCAACAUCAAGAUUAAUGGCAGUGUGAGGCUGGUGGGGAAUGGAUCCAGUGUGGCAGGUGCAGCCAGGACCACAACCAUGACUCCAGAGUUAUCCAGCAACGUUUUAGAGUCGACCACCACGACCACAACAACAACUACACGGAAACACAGAUCCUCCACGGUACAGAAGCAUGGGACAGAGGAAAUCGUGUCCUCUGCAGAGUGUUCAAGCGAUGACGAAGACUUGGAGGAGUGUGAAACAAUCCAUCCAGGUGGGCUAGCACUCCCCACAGAGCCAGGCGUCAGGCGAGUCCCGGGGCCCUCGGAGGUGGUCCGUGAAUCUAGCAGCACCACCGGGAUGGUCAUCGGAAUAGUGGCGGCCGCAGCGCUGUGUAUCCUCAUCCUCCUGUACGCCAUGUAUAAGUACAGGAACAGGGAUGAAGGCUCCUACCAGGUGGACGAGAGCCGGCACUACAUAACCAACUCGGCUGUGCAGAGCAAUGGCGCUGUCAUGAAGGACAAACAGCAGAGCCUGAAAGGCAGCAACAAGAGACAGAAAAACAAGGAUAAGGAGUAUUAUGUGUGACUGAGACUUUGGUCAACCCGACAGAACAAAGAGAGAAGGCACUGAGAGAACUUUUAUUACCAGUUUCCCUGUGAGGAGCUUUGACAAAUGAUGGUAUAACAUGGGACUUGAAUAAUUCUAUACUGUGCUGAAUAGUUGAACUGAUAUGUACUGUAACAUAAAGCACACUUACUAUUAAGCAAAAGGCUUAAUGGCAAGGUUAAAUAGCAACUUUAGAAACCUUACACUUCUAUCUGGUCAGAGACAUUGUCGGUAUACAAAUAUUUCACAGCAUCAUUCUCCUAAGUGACUUUUAGAGCUAUGUGAUCCUUGGCAUUAAACAAUUUUUGUGAAAUUGUUAAUUACAAAAGGCUCGUUAUCUUAAACGUUUCCAGCAUGUAAGCAACAAGUAGUGCUUAACGAGAGGGGGUCAGACACACAAAGGACUCUAGUAAUCAAAAUAUUACAGAUUUUUAUGGUUUAUACAUAAUAUAAGUGUGGUGUCUUACUUAUUUUUGCUUAAAGCAAAAGAAAAAAAAGAUUAAAAGAGAACAGUAAGAAAAGAAAACUAUUUUAUGUGUAUAAUAUGAAUCUAAGUGAGCCAAUUGCCAAGGGCAGACCUCAUACCAUCUGUUUGCUCUGGCAUCUAAUUCACCACAAUUAUUCUCAUUGUCUGACAGACACAGUGACUCUCUUUGUGGGAAGAAUUUGUCGGUUCUCUUGAUAAGAAGCGCCUGAUUGUAAAAUGCAUGCCAUCCUGAUUCCACAGUAAGGUGCAGUACAGUACAAGUCCAGUAAAGAGUGUUCAGCUUGGAUAACACAAAGGAAGUUCUUCAUCUAAGAUCAGGACUCCCCCCUCUUCUCGAAACCCCUCAAACAGAUCUCUUCUUGCUGCACAGUCUGUGGUGGUUUUAUCUAUCUGCACAAGUGUGUGUUGGUUCAUUGCCUAUCAUUCUCUUUUUCUAUGGAGGUGUCAGGAUGAACACAGAUGCAGUACUACUACACUGUUAACCAAUGUGUAUACAGAAAUAAACCAGAUGUUGAAAGUGUGAAUUCUAUCAGCUGUCACAGUCAACUGUGUCAAAAAAAUGAAAAAUUUGUUUACAUAUUUUAUUACAUGCUAUCUGUUGUACUUUGUAGGUAGUAAAUUGUACAUAUACCAUGACAGUUGUAAUUUUUAGUACCUCUAUUGUACAGACUGAAGAUAUGAUUUAUCAACAGAAUUCAUUUAAAAAAUCUAUCUGUUAAUUUACAUGGAGAAAGACUUUAACCAGACUGUGGAGAAUCAUAUUGAUAUUCAUGAAGAAUAAAAAAAAUGUAUUGUUAGCCUAGAAAUCUACACAGAUGUUUCUAAAGUUGCAUGAAUAUUUAACUACUUGCAGUUGUCCAACAAAUACAAGGUGCCCUUUCUUCUCAACCAUGGCGUUCUUGUCCUGGGGUACAUUGAUUUCUGUUUUGCUUUGUUUGUACUUUUUUAUAGAGAGAAAGAAAGAGCAUACACUCAGAUUCAUGGUGAAGACAGUAAAGCUCAAAUAAAAGCUAUAAAGGGGGGUCAAAGGACAUCAUUUCUUCUUCGUCAUUAGUUGACAUCUCGCUUUGGAAAAAUUUUACCACUCAUUUAUGUUCGCAUUUUCUGACAUUGCUAUUAAAGAAGUGGAUACUUUUUUUCUUAGAAAUCAUAUUUUGGGUUACAAUUGGUUUUUUUUCCCCUUUUUCAUCCAUUUGAUAACAAAUAAACAUUUUUUCUGAA